AUUCCCUCGGCGAAUCAACAGUCCCCGGUGCCGAAGGAUUUGGCGCGAUUCUAAGGAAUCGUGUCCCUGGAGAAUUGGAACAAAGCUUGAAUCCUCAGGCCUCUGUCUCCGAUCCGCACUGACUAAGACCUCACGAAGCCUUCAUGAAGAGCCAUUCUGUGCAGGGGUUAUCUUGCGGAGAUCGUUGUCGCGGAUGAGUAUUUUGCUGGACGGAGAGGCCUCAUAGUCCAGAGAAUUCGAUUUCUGUCGAAGGUCGUGUAAUUUGCAUCUGAGCUCGGGUGACUGUCCACCAUGGUGACGGGGGAGUUGGAGACGUACGCAGCUGAGCAUGGCGUUAAAUUCUUUCUUGUGAGUUAUGUGGAUCUAUUGGGAGUCGUGCGGUCGAAGCUAGUUCCAAGUGCACACAUUGGGACUAUGCAAAGAGUUGGAGCAGGAUUUGCUGGCUUUGCUGCUCACUUCAACAUGACAGCUGCUGAUCCUGAUAUGAUGGCAAAACCAGAUCCUAGUAGCGUUAUCAAGCUUCCAUGGAAUGACAAAGUAGCUUGGGUCGCAAGUGAUCUUUACAUGAAUGAUACUCCUGUGCAGCAAUCACCUCGCGAGGUCUUGAAAAACCAGAUCGCUAGAGCUGCUGAGAUGGGACCCGGAUACCACAUGAAGACUGGUGUUGAGUGUGAGUUUUUCCUUCUAAAGAAAAGUUCGGAGAUUGAGAUUGCCGACAGCAAAGACGAUGCUGACAAGCCAUGCUAUGAGCAGGGUGCACUUAUGCGACACUAUACGGUGAUAAGUGAGUUGCUUGAGUACAUGGAGACCCUCGGUUGGGAACCAUACCAAGCUGAUCAUGAGGACGCGAAUGGACAAUUUGAGCUGAACUGGGCGUAUGAUGACUGCCUGAAAACAGCGGAUAGACACACUUUUUUCAAGUUCAUGACGAAAACUGUGGCCGAGAAGCAUGGGUUUCGAGCGACGUUCAUGCCCAAGCCUUUUGUAGACAAAACUGGAAACGGCGCGCACUGUCAUGUAUCUGUAUGGAAAGACGUCAACAGCCCCUGUAGCACCAACCUCUUCGAUGCUCCAUUAUCUCCGAGUACCACCACGGACAACAACAAUGAUCACUCAAAUCAAGCAUUGGGAUUGUCGGUCUUGGGGGACCAGUUCAUGGCCGGCAUUUUACAUAAUGCGCAGAGGGCAUUACGUCCGCAGGCAUUAGUGGCACUGCUGAACCCAACCGUGAACAGCUACAAGCGAAUCGAUGGGCGACCCACUACGUCAGGAACACCGUGGGCUCCUUUCACUGUUUCCUACACUGGCAACAACCGCACUCAUCUAUUGAGGAUUCCAGACGGGGGGAGGUUUGAGUUGAGGCUUGCAGACGGAGCUGUUAAUCCGUACCUCUUGCAAGCUGCGAUACUUGCGAGUGGUCUCCAUGGCAUUCGGGAGAAUCUGCCAAUACCACCGCGGUGUGAUUGGAAUGGCUUUUUUCCUCCUCCUAAUAUUCCUGCGCUCCCCACUCUGCCAUCAACGCUGCUGGAAGCCCUUCAGAAUCUUGAUAAUUCUGCAGUCUUUAGAGGGGCUCUGGGCAACGACUUCAUCGACAGCUACCUUUUCGUUCAAAGGCAACAAUGGCGGUCAUAUACAAGUCAUUUAUCCAAGUGGGAGCUUGACAACACGUUGGAUUGUUAGGGUUUUAGAUGCAAUGGAUUUUACAGUUCUCCUGCCUUGUUCUUGUAAACUACGACUUAAUAAAGUUUCUAUUUUUGUACUUUUCUAUAAA